CAGGAAUGUAGAAGUUGGAAUGAUUCAGAUUCUUUGGUGUUUGAUGAAUAUCAAUGUAGACAUUUAGACCAAUGGCUGGAGAGCUCUUCAACACCAGAAGAUUCGAGGCCUCUUUCUAGUUGCCCUGACUGGGAAGGUAGAAUUGAAGAAGGGAAAACAAUGAGGACAUCAAAUAAAAAAAAGACGAAUUCUGUUUCAAGUGAUUCUGCUAAUCCAGCUGAAAGGGAAACAGAUGAAGCGGUUCUGAGGAGAAGACAAAAACAGAUCAAUUUUGGAAAGAAUACCCUUGCAUAUGACAGAUAUAUUAAAGAAGUUCCAAAGAAUCAGCGAAUACCAGGAGUUCAUCCUAGAACUCCCAACAAAUUUAAGAAGUACAGCCGUAGAUCCUGGGACCAGCAGAUCAGGCUGUGGAAGAUAGCACUGCAUGCCUGGGAUCCGCCCACUGAAGAAACCUGGGAUCUGCAGCCAGUUUCCUGUUCUCCCGAUUCUUCUCCAGUAUGGAAACGCAGAAAAAGAAACCAUUCUGGCUCCUCUGUGGUUUCAAAGAGCAAAAACCAUUAUGUGCAUAUGUACCACACGCUGGAAAGUCUUACUGAAUCAGGACAUCAGGAGGCUUUUUCAAAGUGCUCAGAGUGGGAAGCCUUUGGUGAAAAUGAUGAAGUAAUGACAGUACAAGAUGGUAUAGAAAUAAUGAGUGCUAAUUCAAUAUUUGAAAAUAUCCAGUCUCUCUUUGUAUAUAGAAGUAUCGAAGAAGGACGACUUUCUCCUGUGACAGAAAAUGAUUUGAAGAAUAGGGAUAUAGUCUGA